UAUUUGGUAAAGUCUCUUUAACCACCGAUGUUAAUAUUGCUUCGCAUGAUAUCAUUGUAUUAUUUAUUUGCAUCACAAUACAUCUCAUCAAUAAAAAACAUGUUUAAUGUUAAAAUUAAUUCUUGCUUUUGAAAAUUUUAUUCAUCCGCAUGAGGAUGAAUAAAUAUAUGACUUUUUAAUUAAAAUAACUAACGCUAUUAUGAAACUCGACAAUGCUAGUAAUAUUACUAAUCCAAUGAGUCGAGCAAACGAGCUUUGAAUCCAAUAUGUGUCGAAAAAUCACGUACCUUGUUUUCAUAUUUUCAGGUUGUUGGUUUAAAAUAGGGUUACGAUAAGUAGAAACCCAUCUUUUAAAAUUUAAAGGGUAAAUUACACCGUUGGUCCCUCGUGCACAUGCCAGAAAGCAUGUUUAGUCCCUAUUUCCAAAAUUUAACUCGUGCAGUCCCUCGUUGUUAUUUAUCUUGCAUGGUUAGUCCCUAUGUACGUUAACUUUAACUCCUUCCGUUUAAGCCACCCACGUGCCUUGCACGCAGGGGCAUUUUCGUCUUUUCAGGGUUUGUGUCUAUAUUUAAUGCCGUUACACUGCAACCCUCUUUUCCUCUGUAUCCUCUCAUUCGUCUCUUCCCCUCGUUCGUCUCUUCCCCUCGUUCGAUCGAUUUCUUCCAAAUACAUAACAAUGAUCGAUAUUAAAUGCAAUUGUGGAGCCACUGCAGUGAUUCGCACAUCUUAUAGCAAAAGAAACCCUGGGAAACUCUAUUAUGCUUGUACAGUAAAGGGACCAUUAUGCAAGUUCAUAGGAUGGGUGAAUGAUUAUGAUCAGGACUGUGAUUGUAUGGCGUUUAGGAUGAAACUUGAAGAACAAAAUCGCAAAUUGAAGCUUUACCUAGUUAUUAGCUGGGUUUUUUUUUGUUUCAGUCCUUAUAUAUAAAGUGUAGGUUAAGUAAUGAAGUUGUUAGUAUUUUGGUAUGUGUAUAUUGUAAUGGAGACUCUUUGUAAUGUUAUUUGUAUUAACAAAAAAAUUUCAAUUUUAGUUACAAUAUAUUGUGUAAUCAUAAUGUGGUGUUAUCAGUUGGUGUUCAAA